AUGUGCAGUUUCUUAAACCUUGUGUCUUUGUCUGCAGGUGAAUGGCGCGGUGAGCGAAGGAUGCUGGACAUCACGAGAGAUAAACCAGUGAAGGUGUGCGUGCGAGUCGUAGUGCCAGUGCGAGACCAUCCCAAGUUCAACUUCGUCGGCAAACUGCUCGGACCAAAAGGGAACUCCUUGAAACGGCUACAAGAAGACACCAUGUGCAAGAUGGCGGUCCUAGGAAGAGGGUCCAUGAAGGAUCGACAAAAGGAGGAGGAGCUCCGUGUGUCUGGGGACCCGAAGUUCGCGCACCUGUCGGACGAGCUGCACGUGGAGAUCAGUGCGUUCGCGACCCCCGCUGAGGCCCACGCGAGGAUUGCCUACGCACUGGCUGAGCUGAGGAGGUUCCUCGUACCUGAUUACAACGACGACAUACGGCAGGAACAGAUGUUGGAGAUGCAGAUCCUGUCCUCACAGACUGAGCAGAGGAGGCUGACUCCUCCGGACUCCUCCAGGAGCGGCAGCGAGGAGACGCUGCCCCUCAGAGAUACCACACACAAGCAGAGAGUGAGUACCAGAGUGUAGGACAAAAAAGGAGAUGAAUGCAUUAUUGAAUGAAUGAAUAUUCUUUAUUGUACACCAUAGAAUCAAAUCAAUGAAAUUAACAGCAUACAGUACAAUCGUACAGUGGCGAUGUUAUCGCUUAUAGUGAUGUCUUCCAGACACCCUUUGGAUGGACAGGACAGAUAGAAAUA